AUGUCCACCUACGAAGUGGAACACAACACCACCGACCCCUCCACAACCACCUCCGCGCGCCGCCGCCGCCCCGACCUCUCCACCUUCUUCGCGACGCUCUCAGAGAUCAGCCCCGACGAGACCGGUCGCUCGCGCCCACACGCCGUCCCCGUUCCCCACGAUGUCAGCGCAGCGUUCUACUCCCUCGCCGAGGCCUUCGAGGUCAUGCGUCGCGAAGGACCGGGGAUCAUGACGCCCGCGGGGAGCGGUGAUGGUGAGGCUGGGUCUGGGGGUGGUUUGUUGACGGAGAUGAUUCAGUCGUUGUUGAGUCAGGCAGAGAUGCCGCCGAAAGAGGUCGAGGGCGUGAGUGAGGAGUUUUGUGAUGUACUCGAUCGCGUCCCCCGAGCAUCCCUAAAGCCGGACCAGACCUGCCCUAUCUGCAACAAUCCCUUUCUAGAGGAUAAAUACCCGCUUGUUGUGCGGCUGCCGUGCCACCCGACGCAUCUGUUUGACAUGGAGUGUGUGCGGCCGUGGUUGCGCCUGCGGGGAACGUGUCCGCUCGACCGGACGGAUUUCGCGAAGCAGGAGAGGGAGAAGGUGGAGGCGAGGAAAAAGAUUGCCGAGCAGGAUGACGAGGAGGAGUGGGAUGGGAUGUAUGGUUAA